UUUAAAUUAGUAUUUAUUAAAUAGAUGCUUCAUAUUAAGCAGCCAUAGACAUAAAAAUCUAAAAGGGUAAGUAAAAUGAACCAAUUCAGCAAAUAAGCUGGUCCAUUUAUAAUCUUUUUCACAAUCCUAAUGCCAACAAAUUGUGUAAUUUUAGAAUAAUAUGUAAAAUGAAAAAAAAUGAAAUUAGUACUUUGAUUUAAAACUAGAUAAUGUUUCUUAGAAUAUACAAAACUUUAUGAUAUAUUUUGUUUAUAUGAUGGCUAUGUGGUCAUAUUAUCAAGCAAUUACAAUAAAAAAUACUACUCCUUAAAGAGCCCCAUUACCACCUGAUAAUAGAAGAAUUGAUCCUAUAUAUAAAAAUAACGCAGCUUGUGCAAGUUGUAAUAAAUGGAAACCCAUAAGAGCACAUCAUUGUUCAAUGUGCAAUUAAUGCACAUUGAAAAUGGAUCAUCAUUGUCCCUGGAUUCAUAAUUGUGUUGGACUAAGAAAUCAUAGAGCAUUUUAUUUAUUUACUUUGUAUAUGACAGUAUAUAUUCUAUAAUUAUAUUUAGAUUGGGGCAAUAUAAUAUAGUUGGGCAUCAUAUGUAUAUUUUAAAGAUCUUUAUAGAAAUGAUAAAGGCUUUUUUUAGCAACAAAGUUCUUUCUUUUAUUUUUAUUGGUUUUUUACAAGUUUAGUUUUGUAUCCAACAUGUGCUAUGUUAUUCUUUUUGUUUUUAUAUCAUACACUUUUAGUUUUGACAAAUUUAACAACUUUAGAGUAAAUGAAAAAUGGAUCAAAUAUUAUUUGCUGUUGCUAAAAUCCAACUUCUAAAAGUAUCAAUCUGUUUAAUCGUGGAUGGAUUGCUAAUGUUGCAUGGUUUUUCAAUUAUUCAUAUCUCUGGUUUCUUCCUUUUUAAAAUAUCUAUGAAACAGAUGGUAUCUUUAUAUUCAUAUUUAUUAUUAGGAACUUCCUAUCCUAUUGCUCCUCUUUGUACUUUUGCUGAUAUAGAAACUUUUGAUUUAUCUAUGGGAGAUGGAAUUUCACCUAACACUUAAAUAGAUUUGGAAUAGUUUGAUCCGAAAUUCUUAGAUUAUAUUGCUACUGCAAAGGAAAAAUAUAAAGGAAAAAAAGUAAUACUAAAUGGAAAAGAAAUUGUCCUUGCUUGAAAUACCUUAUAUGAAUAAAGUUAUUCCAUUUGAUAAAUAAUUAUAUAUAAG